CUCGCGUGUGCGUGCACACGUUUAGCCGACGAGUAGCAGGACGCGCGACGUCGUGCAUUUGUGCAGCUGCCCUCCUUUUUAUUCCCCCCUUGUUGUUGUUGUUGUUUUUUUUUCGUUUGUUUGUUUUAGUUUUCCAUCUUUGCCGCGAUGGAUUACGGCGUACGCCUACUUUUGCUGAUCUCCAGCGUGUCCUGCGUGUCCACCGGCCAGUUUCCCAACGCGCACAUGAUUAAAGAAUGGGCGGACCAGAUGCAAAAGGACUUGAUCACGCUCACGGACAAGGCGAGCGGCAUCCGGAGUCUCACUCAGAUCUACGGCAAGCAUAAAACGCACUUCAGCGUGGAGACCAACCGCAUCGAAGAGCUGGUGGCCACGGCCACCGGGAACAUCGAGAGGUUGUUGGAAAGCCGCUCCAAAGCCCUCAAGAGACUGGCAGAGGAGGCAGAAGCCCUCCAAACGGCUCACGUAUGGCAAGUCAACAGCGAGCCAGACAAAAUCAUCUACUACAACGCCAAAGACGACCUCAACCAGACGGAGAAGAAGAACCGCUACGUCCCCGAGGACUUCCACGUGGACCCCGACUUCCGGCGCCUGGUCUCGUACAACACCACGGCCGUCCACAUCCCCACCGACAUAUACGAGGGCUCCACCAUCAUUCUGAAUGAGCUCAACUGGACGGAAGCCUUGGAGGAGGUUUUCCGGAGGAACAAAGAGGAGGACCCCACGCUCCUCUGGCAGGUGUUCGGUUCCGCCACCGGACUGGCUCGGUACUUCCCAGCCUCUCCCUGGAUCGACUCCAGCAAGUCGGCCAACAAAAUCGACCUCUACGACGUACGCAGGCGGCCGUGGUACAUCCAGGGGGCGGCGUCGCCCAAGGACAUGCUGAUCCUGGUGGACGCGAGCGGCAGCGUGUCGGGGCUCACCCUCAAGCUGAUCCGAACGUCCGUCAGCGAGAUGCUGGAGACGCUGGCGGACGACGACUACGUCAACGUCGUCUAUUUCAACGACAAGGCCACGUACGCCGCCUGCUUCAAGAAUCUGGUGCAGGCCAACGUGCGCAACAAGCGCAUCCUCAAGGACGCCGUGCAGGGCAUCAGCGCCAAGGGCACCACCAACUACGGCCGCGGCUUCGAGAUGGCCUUCGACCAGCUCGGGCGGAUGAACGUGUCUCGGGCCAACUGCAACAAGAUCAUCAUGCUCUUCACCGACGGAGGCGAGGAGCGCGCCGAGGAGAUUUUCAAGAAGUACAACCCCAAGCAAGCCGUGCGCAUCUUCACGUUCUCGGUGGGUCAGCACAACUACGACAAAGGGCCCAUACAGUGGAUGGCGUGCACGAAUAAAGGUUACUACUAUGAGAUCCCGUCCAUUGGUGCGAUCAGGCUAAACACUCAGGAGUACCUGGACGUUUUGGGCAGGCCCAUGGUCAAAGCGGACCGCAAGGCCAAACAGGUCCAGUGGACCAACGUGUACCAGGAUGCGCUGGAGCUGGGACUCGUCAUCACCGGAACCCUCCCCGUCUUCAACAAGACCAGCACGGGAUCCAAGAAAUCUCCCAACCAGCUCAUCUUGGGCGUCAUGGCCAUCGACGUCUCCCUGGAGGACAUCAAGAGGCUCACGCCGCGUUUUACUUUCGGACCAAACGGCUACUACUUUGCCAUCGACCCCAACGGAUAUGUGCUGCUCCACCCCAACCUCCAGCCGCCGACGGCCGAGUUCCACGAGCCGGUGACGUUGGACUUCUUGGACGCCGAGCUGGAGAACGACAUUAAAGUGGAGAUAAGACAGAAGAUGAUUGACGGCCUCACGGGGACUUACCCCAUAUCUGCUCUGGUCAAAUCCAAAGAUGAGCGCUACAUUGACGUGGGCCGGCGGACUUACACCUUCGCGCCGGUCAAGGGCACGGACUACAGUCUGGCGCUGGUCCUGCCCGACUACAGUUCGUACUACAUCCGAGCCACCAUCGGCGACACCAUCACCCAAGCAAAAUUUUCUGAGAGCCUGCUGGCGGACAAGUUUGACGAAUACGGCUACACGCUCAUUGCGCCGAGGGUGUACUGCAAGGACCUGAAGCCCCCCGACAAGGACAAAAGCAACACGGAGUUCCUGAUGGAGUUCAACAACUACAUCGACACCAAGACGCCGAACAACCCGAUGUGUAACGUGGAGCUGGUGAACCGAUUGCUCCUGGAUGCCGGCAUCACAUCAGAUCUCAUCAAGAUCUGGAAGGAGAAUAAGUUGCAGCCCGGAGUGACCGCCAGAUUUGUUGCCACCGAUGGGGGGAUCACCAGAGUCUACCCAAAAAGCGCCGGCCUGAACUGGAGGGAGGAGGCGGAGACGUACGAGUCGAGCUUCUACAAGCGGAGUUUGGACAAUGACCUGUACAUCUUCACGCCCACGCCGUACCUCGCAGACAACACGAGCGACAACUCCGUCCUCGUGAGCAGAGCCGUCAACCUCCACAUCGACAACAGGCUCCUCAAGCCGGCAGUGGUCGGCGUCAAGUUGGACGUCAGCGCCUGGAUGGCGAGCUUCGUCAACACCACGCAGAGGACCAACUGCACGGAUGAGAUCUGCGGCUGCCAACGCAACGAUAUGUACGUGGACUGCGUCAUUCUGGACGACGGCGGCUUCCUAGUCAUGUCCAACCGAGACGAAUACAUCGAUCAGAUCGGUCGCUUCUUCGGCAUGAUCGACGGCAUCCUGAUGCUCAAGCUGGUCGACUCGUCGCUCUUCACUUCAAAGAAGUCCUUCGACUACCAGUCGCUGUGCUAUCCCGCCGAGGAGACCAAGGCGGCGGCGGGCCUGCGAUCCGUCUACGUUCCCUCCGUGGCCGAUAUUUUGAACGUGGGCUGGUGGGCCACCGCGGCAGCCUGGUCGAUCGUGCAGCAGUUGCUGGUGAGCAUCACGUUCCCAAAUUUCCUGGAUGCAGCCGACAUGGAGGAUGACAUGGGCGACAUGGUGAACAAGGAGGUGUGCAUCACGGAGCAAACGCAGUACUACUUCGAGACGGACGACGUCUCCUUCAGAGGAACAGUGGACUGCGAAAACUGCUCCAGACUGUACCACGCCGAGAAGCUCCCCGACACCAACCUGGUUUUCAUCAUCGCCGACGCCAAGCUCACCUGCUCGUCCUGCGACAACAAGCCGCUCGUACAGGACGAACAGCAGUCUCGGGGGCCCGAUCCCUGCAAGCUAGCGCAGAAUCCUCGCUACCGGAAAGGACCUGCAGUGUGCUUCGAUAAUAACGAACACGAGGAGGACCCUGACUGUGGCGGGGCAUCCGGCCUGAGUCCCUCACUGUGGCUCACCUUGGCCCUUCAGUCGGCACUUUUCUGGGUCCUCAGCGGCUCCGGACUUCACGCCGUCCCGUCGUGACCUGCCCUCCCCCACCGCCACCGUCGUCUCUAUACCAGCAUGCCUCCGGAAUGACGAAAGAGAACAAGCUUUGAAAGUUUUGGUUGAAGAACCCUUGGACGGUCCCCACCGGAUGAGGACUGGUGGUGCCGUUGUUCAGAAUUGAGGCUGCCUUAUCGGACUUGGUUGAGGAGCUCGAGCUGUUUAGUUCAACACUGCCAGAAGCUAGCAAACCGUUCAGUUUUUUUUUUAUAUUCAGUGCUCUGCUUAUUAGUUUAAGGCAAAGGAAACUGCUUCACAACAAACUUUUGCCCUCGGUCCGUCCCCCGCCGGGGUGCAGAUAAUUGUGUUAUUUUUUUUUUUUUUGUCUGGAUCCUCCCCCCCACCUCCUACCGGUGUCUCUGGAAGCUGUUUACUUUGUGCUCUUCGUCAAAUCCGAAUCCUCAGCCUCCCUCUGUCUGGAAUUCUUGGACCGGACCCUGCCGUGCGUGCUCGUCAACCAAUCAGGACAAACCUCUCUUGUGCCAUGUAUGUGAUUCCGAUGCUAGCUUAUUUAUCGGACGUUUGAGACCGCUAUCUUUGUGUGCGUAGCGCUACCGAAGUCCCUUUUGUGUGCUCACAUCUUCGCGGAACGACAAAUCGGAUGCAAAUGGAGCGUUCCGUUCACCGUGCCGGGUUUGUGCUUGUGGUCAGAUUUUGUGAAGUGUUUGCCUGCGUUAACGCGGUGCACGUGCUGGUUUUAUUAGCCUGUGCACCCUAAAGAUGUUUUUGCAAGGUGCACGCAGUGUGUUUUGAAACCGAACAGAGCUCGGAUGUAGCGGAUCUCCACCGACGCGUGAGUGUUGCGCUUAAAUAAUUCAACUCUAACAUCGUGCUCGUGGCGGAACUAACGACGUGGUUGGCAUUUACUAACCGUGGAGAGAGAGGAAUUAAAAAAAAAAACAAGUGCCAUAACCGAAUUCUCUCGUUUUCCAAAUUCCUAAUUUAUGCAAGGUGACGCCGUCAAGUGUUGCGCGAUGAUCAGCCGUUAAAAUACUGCCUUUGUUUUCCUUUGCGGAGACAGCAUCUCCAGUUUUUGCGUUACAAUGCACGCUAACACUUGACAUCGACUGCAGCGUUGCGGUACAGAAAGGUUUUGGAUUCAAAGUGCAAAAUUCCGAUGCUGCACCCGUGGGAAUAAUUCAAAGUGUUUCCGAUUCCUUACGAGUUGCAGGAAUCUUAUGGAUAGCCGUGUGUGUGUGUGUGUGUGUGCGUUACCAUCGGGCCCGCCAAGGCCUGCUUUUUUUUUUUUUUUUUUU